UUUUUUGUCGGCACAGGAAUAUAAAUUCCACAGGGCGUAGUAGAGACGAAAGGUUCAAGGUUUUACCUCUGAGAGCUCAAGCAGUCUGACAAAAAUGCAGACAAUUCUGCUGUUAAGUCUCGUGUGCAUCUCUUGUGUACAUCAUGUACAGGGGGCGCUGCAGCUGGCGUCUGUGUUCAGCAGUCACAUGGUCCUUCAGCGCGCCCCACACAGCGCCGUCAUCUGGGGCACGGCCGACACAGAAGGUGACAAGGUCACUGCGCAAGUCAUCGCCGCAAAUACAAGCAUCGCCCCUGUCGUCGCCACGGUCUCUCACGGCGCCUGGAAACUCAGACUUCCUCCUGUCGCCGCCCGCGGACCCUUCACCAUCAACGUCACGUCCAACGAAGGUCAGGUGAUCCUCACCGACGUGCUGUUCGGCGACGUGUGGCUGUGUUCCGGCCAGAGCAACAUGUAUUUCACGAUGAACCAGGUGAUGAACAACACUGCCGAGCUGCUGACGGCGCACAACUUUCCAAACAUCCGCUUCACCAGGGCCAGGCUGGUAGAAUCCGCCACCCCGCGGUCCUCCAUGACUUUCGAUAUACCCUGGACUGGACCAGCGAAUACCAGAGGGUUGCAGGGUAUAUCUGCUGUGUGCUGGCUAUUCGCCGAGUACCUGUACCCUCAUAUCAAUCACCCGAUUGGACUGAUUGAAUCUUCAUGGGGAGGAACCCCCAUCGAGGCCUGGUCUCCUCCCGAUGCCAUUCAUGACUGCGCUGCCGUUACAAAGCGAGCUCCGGGCAAUAACACAGUUUUGUGGAAUGCUAUGAUCAACCCUCUUCUGGGGACCACGCUGUUCGGAGCCUUGUGGUAUCAAGGUGAAGCUAAUGCCGGCCGUGCGGCGAAGUAUUCGUGCCAGAUAAAGGCCAUGGUUUCCAGAUGGCGAUCACACUUUAGAGAUAGCUCCUUAAACCAAACAGACGCCACCUUCCCCUUCGGCUAUGUACAGUUGGCAGGCAACGCUCCGGGUGACUCGGUUGGAGGUUUUCCGGGUGAAAGGUGGGCGCAGACAGCCGGGUACGGGUACAGUCCUAACCCCGCCCUACCCAAGACUUUUAUGGCCGUGGCCAUGGACCUGCCCGACUACAAGUCACCUUUUGGAACGGUCCAUCCCCGCUUCAAGCAGGACGUGGCACAGAGGCUGCUGCUGGGCGCCCUGAAUGUGGCCUACGGUCACAGUGAUGUGGUCUUCCAGGGUCCCUUCCCCAGCAAGUUCCAGCUGAACGCCGCUCAGCACACACUCACCAUUGAGUACGACAGUGGACGAACUCCUCUAGAGAUCAGAAAUAAUACAGGCUUCGAAGUCUGCUGCAGUGCACCGAACGCAACUGAGUGCAGCGACACCCGGGAUCACUGGGUGGCCGCGCCAAUCACACAUCACGACGCCAGUCACGUGACUGUAACCACCUCUGGCUGCACGACCAGCAAGGCGACAGGACUGCGAUACGAGUGGCGGACAAGUCCAUGUGACUACAAAAACUGUGCCGUGUAUGGUGCCGAGUCAGGCCUGCCCGCUCCUCCUUACAUAACUCACACCAUCCCUCUGUAACUCUCGCGAUGCUUAAAGUAUUGCUGACCAUGUCAACCUUUCUCCUCCACAGGGUAACUUUCCAUUUCUGAUUCUACUAUUAAUUGAUAAAGCAUAUAACCAUAAAAUAUAAUAAAUGUUGUCACUUAGGUUAAAUCCCUUUCCAAUCAUGAUGUAAGCACAUGUCUUUUGAAAAAAUAAAGACAGGCCAAAGAACUGACAUUUAACCAGUAACUGAUUAAUUAUAAAAUACAAUUGAAUGUUGUUUUCCAAUAAUGUUUUUCAUAUUAGUAUACAUUAAUAUACCAUGUUCAAAAAGCUGUCAAGAAACUAUAUAAAACACACACACACACAAAAGACUUGCAGCAUUGCAGAUUCUUUAUUUAGUCUCUUUCUUCACCACAGCCAUCACCCUCCCAACCCUAUAUACAAAUAUACAACUAUAUUCUCACUAACAUUCACAAACACAAAGAUUUAAGGACAAAAUGACUCAAGUUUUAUAUGCACAUGCACGCUACCAUGCACACACAGCAUUUAUUGUCACAAGUUUCCUUUAAAAAUAUGCUUCUGCAUAAUUUUAUAAACUCAGUCUCUCAUCCACCAAAACCAUCUUCCUAUAGGCCUAUGGUCCAUGUUUCAAAAGAACUCAUGGCCUCAUGAAAG